GUAGUCUGUGCUUGCCUACCCAGACUGUUCAUACACAGCAACUGAAGAAGGUGACAAGUAUUUAGACAGCAGGCAAAGACUAGAGCAACUUUUGAAAUAGAAGCUUUUCAUCCAGAAGUUAAUUAAGUCUUCCUCGGACCAGGAUUCACUGGGGAAAACUUACAGUUUCAGGAGUAGCGCAGUCUGUAGCUGAGAUUGUAACUUCGUUUCCCUCGAGCCAUUCCUUAGAAGAUGACCUCACACAACAUGACGUGGAUAAAAUAUCCAAGUAAAGACUUCACUGAAAUUGAAGAGAUCAUAAGGUCACAGAAUAUCAUAUCAAGAUUUAUGCACAUCUACAUUGCACUAUUUGUCCCAACAAGUCUUGUGGCUGGUACAUUCAACCUGACCACUUUCAUAAAGGGGCGCAGCACUAUAUUGAGAAAACUGGACCUGUACCUCUUGGACUUGACUGUGACAAAUCUUCUGGUGACCCUGUUUUCAUUCACUGCCAUAACUAGACCAGAUUACAUACUGACCACCAACCUGAGCUGUGGGGUACUCUCUUUUUUCUUCAACAUUUGUUACUUCAAUGCUCAAUACAUUCAGAUUGCCAUGCUCUAUACAUUCCUGUUCCACGAUUACUUGCCCUGUCUGAGGGUGGUGACAAUGAUCAAAAAUCCCCUGGGAAACUUGGGCCUUGUCUUUGCUUGUGCUGUCAGCAGCUCCCUGGUAGGAGUGAUGCUUCUAGGCACAGCUGGCUCCUUACUUAAAAGUACCCUGUGUCAGGUGGACCCACUGACAGCCUGGCCCGAAUAUGAAAUUGUCAAAUUCAGCUUGGGCUUUGGGGUGACGCUCAUUAUACAAGUGGUUUUCUUUAGCCUGCUUGUUGGGAAGUUGGUACGAGGAGAUGCUCCCUCACAGAAAGAAAACAGGCCCACUUACUUGGUCAUGCUGACCAUCACCCUGAUCAUGUUUGCCUGUCGUCUCUUUUACAACAUUAUGCUACUCAACAAGUACAAGCUCAAACUUCAGAGGGAUAAUGGUUCUCCCAGAGACGAGCUCAUUAUGAACAUUGCAGAGCUAGUCCUGUUUGGUGAGAGUUGUGCAAGUAACCUGGCCAUUCUUUUUCUUCAUAAGCCAUGUAAGACUGCCCUGAACGAAAGUGUACGAAAUCUAACCAGACGGUGCCGGAGGGAAGAAGAGACCCACAACAGCAUGCCACUGUAGAGAGGAAUCUAAAAUGUGUCUGUAUCAUGCAUGGUGGAGAAGGGCAACGCUGGCACGACACUGGCGGCUAAGCCUUUUAGGAGAAGCAUAAUCCAUCUGUCGAAACUUCAAAUUUGCACUGCAAGAUCAAGCAGGCAGGAUUUGAUGUCUUGGCAAGAGCCUGCAGGGAUUUUGUUACUACUAGAUUCUAGAUCAUCUACAAAUAUUCUUAAAUGCCAAGAAGUACCUCCAUCUAAAUUAAAAAUCAGAAUUGAAGGCAGCCAGCCUUUUUAAGCUCUCUCAGAAGUUAAAACUGGUACCAAGCUACUUGAAUACAUUCAUAAUGUAUUCAAUAAAUAUUUGAUAAAUACAAGCCAGAAUAUAUUUAGAUAUUUAAGCAAUAUUUCACUUUCCCAGUUUGUUUUAAAAUAUGCUGUUCAUUGAAAAAGAACAUGGGAACAACAGAGAGGUAAAGCACGUAUUAUUGCUAUAGCAGAAACUGGUUCUCAGGAGUAGCUGAAUAACAACAUUAGCCAGAAAAACCUGACUAAUGUCAUUAAGAAUAAAAUAAAGGGGCGGAGCCAAGAUGGCAGCCAGAA